UCUUUUAGAUCCUGACGUCGUGCUACAAGAUCGUACGAUCUUAAUUUUUUUGAACGUUGUCCUCACCAUUUCUUUUUAUUUGUCCAUUCAGGGCGAUGGUUUAUUAAUCAAGAACGGACGAAUUAUCAACGAUGACCACUCCUUCUACGCCGAUGUCUACGUGGAAGACGGGCUUAUCAAACAAAUUGGAGAGAAUCUGGUUGUUACCGGAAGCCCGAAAACCAUUGAGGCAACCGGCCUCAUGAUCCUUCCAGGCGGUAUUGACAGCAACAGUUCUCUGCAGAAAUCCGUUCAAGGCGUAACGGUAGCUGAUGACUUUUAUCAAGGAACGAAGGCUGCGUUGACCGGAGGCACGACCACUGUCAUUGAUCACAUCCUUCCAGAGCCCGGCUCCAAUUUAUUAACGGCGUUUGCAAAAUGGAAAGAGGCAGCAGAGAGCAAAUCCUGUUGUGAUUAUUCUCUGCACAUGGACAUCACCGACUGGUAUGAUGGGAUCCAGGAUGAUCUUGAAAAUCUGGUGCAAGACAAAGGUAUCAAUUCUUUCCAAGUCUACAUGGGCUACAAGGAUCUCUACCAAUUGACGGAUUCCCAACUCUACGAAGCAUUUACAUUCCUGAAAAGUCUCGGAGCUGUUAUCAUGGUCCACGCAGAAAAUGGGGAUUUGAUAGCUCAGGAGCAAAAGAGGGUGCUGGCAUUGGGAAUAACAGGACCAGAAGGUCACGCUUUGAGCCGACCUGAGGAGUGGAGACCUACAAGUGACCGGAAGCGGCCACUGUACUUACAACACAGCCCAAAAGGCUCUGGGCAAGGAAAAUUUCACGCUCAUCCCAGAAGGGGUUAAUGGAAUUGAAGAAAGAAUGACGGUGGUCUGGAAUAAAUGUGUUUCUACAGGUAAAAUGGACGAGAACCAGUUUGUUGCCAUCACUAGCUCUAACGCUGCCAAAAUCUUCAAUCUGUAUCCGCGAAAAGGCAGGAUUGAAGUUGGGUCCGAUGCUGACCUCGUGAUCUGGGAUCCCGACAAGGAGAAGACGCUCACGGCCAAAAGCCAUAAAUCGGUUGUUGAAUAUAACAUUUUUGAAGGCAUGGAAUGCCGCGGGGCUCCCUACAUAGUUAUUAGCCGAGGGAAGGUUGUGUUCGAGGAUGGGAAUCUCACGAUGAGGAAAGGAACGGGCUCCUUUAUCCCGCGGAAUUCCUUUCCAGAGUACCUUUAUCAACGGAUCAAAACUAGGAAUAAGGUAACGGAACUACAGGGUGUUUCCCGAGGAAUGUACGACGGGCCGGUCUACGAAGUUGUAGCAACUCCUGCGAAAUAUGCAACCCCCGCCCCCUCAACGAAAACGUCGCCUGCCAAAAACCAGCCUCCGCCCAUCAGAAACCUCCAUCAGUCUAAUUUCAGUUUAUCAGGUGAUUUCUGAAAUCUUUUUGGAAAUAGAAUGGUUGCGGGAAAGAUUGGUCCCGGCAUGAGACAUUUAGGAUGGAGUUGCUGCCCCGUUUCGAGCGAGAAAGCAUACUUCGGAGAGAUGAUGUCAUUGCAAAGAUGUUCUAGGGCCGAGGAUGGUUGGCUGGCUGACCAACUCUGGGGGUGCCAGUUUAGCAGGAAGGGGAGCUAGGCCGCAGCCAUUUAGACAGCCAGAGUGGCCUUGGUAGUUUAGACUUGCUUGAGGCUCUUUUUCUAAAGUUCAUUUGAAGUUACCAGGGAGGAUUUACAGUCACAGACCUUA